CGGACAGGAAGCUAAGCUAGGAGAUACUCAUGGCGCCCGACUAGAAAGAAGCAACAAUUUUCAGUUACAAAUAUCCGGGUUAUAUAGAGCUUCUACGCAACGGGAUACCUGUGUCACAUAUACACGUCAUGGAUUCAGAGGAGAUUGAGGUGGAGAGCAGCAGUGAUGCAGGUCCAUCAGGGAUGGAGGAGCCGUCUGAAAGCGGCAUGGGUAUGGAAUCAUCAGAGGCCAUGUCUGCAGAUAGCAGUGAUGCUGCUGCUUCUCAUGUACAGGCCCCAGAGUCUGAUUGCCAUGUGGGCCAGAGCUCAGAAGGACUUGUGGUGUUCAUCCCAGAGACCAGCUCCAGUACAGAUGUCAGAGUUUCAUCAGUCCAUCUCCCUGACUCCUCCUCAGUGGCCCAGUCCACCAGCGUGUCCAGUGUGUCCACAGUGACUCAGUCAGUACUGGUGUCUGAGUCAGCCCAAGUGCUGGUCCACUCCAGUGCUGUAUCAGAUGGAGCCAUGAUAGUUUCAGAUUCAACUGCUUCUACCUCAUCAGACCUGGGUUCUGCAAUAGACAAAAUCAUUGAGUCUACCAUCGGUCCUGACAUUAUGAAUGGUUGCAUUGCUGUGACUAGUGCAGAAGAUGGCGCUGCAGAAACAACCCAGUAUCUCAUCUUACAGGGGCCAGAUGAUGGCGCUCCUAUGGUAGCCCAGAUGUCAUCUUCAGCCUUGUCUGAUCGUAUAGCCAUAGAAGCUCUCGGUGAAGGCCCUACAUCCACCUGCUUGGACCAGGGAGACUUGCAGGGAAACCUGGAGCCUGACCAACCUGACGACCAGCCGGGGCACUCAGGCUACCCAGAGGACAGCAGCAGUCAGCCGGACCAACCUCAGCACUCUCACCCAUCACAGUACAUGGACUCCAGUGCAGAUGGUCCAGACCAGACUGAGGAGUCUUCCUCUUCCUAUGUGGAGUGUUCAGGGGAGGAGCCUGACCAGACGCGCUCUCAGUCAGGCUUCCCUGACUACAGCGGCCAUAAUAGUGACCAUGACCUGCCUGGAUACGUUGAAUGCAGUGGGGCCGACUCAAAUCCUUCGAGCCGUGGUCACUAUGUGGUGGAGUGCAGUGCAGGGUAUCUGGAGUGUGCAGUGGACGAUGAAGAGCAGCCACAUCAUUCACGCAGUUACAUUGAUAGUAGCGCAGACCACAAGACCCAGAUGAGUCGGCCAUAUGGAGUAGAGUAUGGUGCAGAGUGUGUUGCGGCUGCAGACUCUGAGCAGCCAGGCUGUUCUCAGUAUCAAGCAAGAGAUGACGAUGAUGACGAUGAUGAUGAUGAUGACGAUGAGCAAAACCAGGACCCUGAUCAGCCACAGCACUCCCAGCAGCAGCCUCAGCACUCCUGUUACACAGAAAACAGCAAUGGCCCAGAGGCCUCACUAUAUGCAGAUGACAGCUCCUCAUCAGACCACCCUCUUGCAGAUACAGCAGGUUCAUGUGGACUUCCUGAAGCACUUGAGUGCAGUGAGAGCCAGCCUGGGCCUUACAUCAGCAGUAGUGGCACAUACACCUCUAAUCCAGAGCCUGAGCCAGCCCCACAGUGUUCACCAAGUCAAGAGGAACCACAGGGCUCACUAAGACCUCAGGAUGAAGUGAGGUUGGUUAGGGAAAUGGAGACAUCCACAGUGGCAGAAGGCUCUGGAGAUGGGCCGCCAAACCUGGCUGAGUUAGAGGAGAUGAUGGAAGUUGUGAUUGUGCAACAGUUUAAAUGCAAAAUGUGUCCAUACAAAAGUGCCUCCAAAGAUACACUUAUUAACCAUAUGAGAGACAAGCACUUCAAACCUGCAGGUGACACACAAAAGAAGCGUAAACGUGGACGGCCACCGAAGAGUGAGACGUUGGCUCGUCGGCAGGCAGAAAGAGAGCUUGCUGAAGAGAGACAGGCAGAAAAAGCAAAGUCUGCUGAACCUCAACAACAAGCAGAAGAGGAGGAUGAUAUUGUAGAUGCUGGUGCUAUUGAUGACUCUGAAGAGGACAGUGACUACAACCCAGCUGAAGAGGACGGUAAAGGAAGACCACCCGUCCUCCUGAAGAAGCCUGCUCCCCCCACCUCGUCCUCUCAGGGGCGUCCUCGGCGUAAGGUUGGACGUCCACGGAAGUACAGCCCUUUAGAAGAAGGCUACAGCAACAAAGAAGCAGAGAGUGUUGCCAAGAAGCCCAGGCUUAGUGCAGAUGCCAGUUUACCUGAAGAGGCAAGCUCCUCUGGAUUAGGCAAUGGUCCCACUAUGUUGACAGAAGGAGACACGGCCGAGGCAGCAAUAAGCCAGUCUGACUCUGAGAACAAAGACCCUUCAUCCAACACACAGCCAGAGGAGUUCUUCCGAAGGAAACGAGGCCGGCCCUCCAAGCGUUUCCUGCGCAAGAAAUAUAAGAAGUAUAUCAAUCGCAACCGGUAUUAUAAAUCCCUUAAACCGCUCCUGAGACCUCACAACUGCUGGAUCUGCGGCUCCCGCUUUCUCACACAAGACGAUUUGCGCUUCCAUGUGGACUCUCAUGAAGGCAAUGAUCCAGAACUCUUUAAGUGCCUCCAAUGUAACUAUCGCUGUAAGCGCUGGUCCUCACUAAAGGAACACAUGUUCAAUCAUGAGGGCACCAAACCUUUCAAGUGUGAGGCAUGCGAUUACACAAGUGUCUACAGGAAAGAUGUCAUCCGGCAUUCAGCAGUUCAUAACAAAGAGAAGAAAAAAAAGGUUGAAUCGGUACCAAAGGUGUCAGAGUUUCCUUGCCCGGUCUGCCACAGAGUUUAUCCAAUGCAAAAGAGACUGACUCAGCACAUGAAGACCCACAGCUCAGAGAAACCACACAUGUGUGAUAAGUGUGGUAAAUCCUUCAAGAAGCGGUACACGUUUAAAAUGCACCUUCUGACUCAUAUCCAGAGUCUUGGAGACAGCAAGUUCAAAUGUGAGUUUUGUGACUACACAUGUGAUAACAAGAAGCUGCUGCUCAACCAUCAGCUGUCCCACACCAAUGACAGGCCCUUCAAAUGUGACUACUGUAAAUACUCCACAUGCAAAGAGGAGUUUCUGGUCUCACAUCUGGCCAUCAAACACACAGGAGAGAAGCCUUUCACCUGUGAUAUGUGUCACUUCAUGACCAAGCACAGGAAGAACCUGCGUCUUCAUGUGCAGUGUCGUCACCCAGAGGAGUUUGACGAGUGGUCGAUAGCUCACCCUGAGGAGCCUGUCAAAAGACGACGAAGACCCUUCUUCACCAUACAGCAAAUAGAAGAGCUCAAACAACAGCAUGAGGACUCACAGGGCAUACAGAACACUAUUGUCACAGUGGAUCCUACAACCCUACAAGCUAUGCAAGGAAUGGAAAAUGCCACCGUGUCCCAGGAUGCAUUGGGAAAUACCACCAUCAUCUAUGAACAAGCUGAAUCUAGCGAUCUGUCAGCCCAAAAUGCCCUGGACCUGUUGUUAAACAUGAGUAAUGCUCGAGAACUGGUGGGAAACUCCUUACAGGUGGCAGUGCUGAAGUCAGAGGGCAAGGCUUUAGAAAAGGGCACAUGGACAGUAACGUCAGCACCAGGUACGGCGACCUCGACCCCAGGUCAGACCCAAAAAGUUGUGACCUUCCAUGUGUCUGAGAACGGAGAGACGGUGCUACAAGAAGCAUAUGAGGCAACCACGUCUGAAAAUGGAGAGCUCACCCAGAUCGCCAUUGAGGCCUAUGAGGGUGGAGGAGACUACAGUGUGGUGGAGCAGGCAGCUGAGGAGGUCCACAGCCCCGGGUACAGUAAUGGUGAGAGUAGUCCAUCCCAGGCUGUUGAAGUCUCUGGAUCAGAGAAAAGUGAUAAAUAUUAUCUUACCUCAACGCUGCCUGAUGGUGUUUUACAGCAGGUGGAGCUGAGCAGUGACAGUCCAGCCUCUCCAUCUGCAGUGGGUUCACCUGGUCUUAGCUCCAAGAGGUUCUCCUGCCGCAUCUGCAUGGAGUCUUUCCACGGACGCUCUGACAUGGAGAACCACAAGAGGGCGCACUUAGAUCCCAAUACCUUCAAGUGUCCUGACUGCGACUUCACGUCUACCUCCUGGCCUGAGGUUAAGAGUCACAUGGGGAUGCAUUCAUACCUACGCCCUCACAAGUGUCCAAACUGCAGCUUUGCCUCUAAGAACAAGAAAGAUUUGCGUCGACACAUGAUGACCCACACCAAUGAGAAACCCUUUGCUUGUAAACUUUGUGGUCAAAGGUUUAACCGUAAUGGGCAUCUGAAGUUUCACAUGGAGCGACUCCACAACCAGGAUCAUCCCACUCGCAAGGCCCGUACCGGUGCAUCACAACAGACCAUUAUUGUCAACAGUGACGAAGAGGCCCUGGCAACAUUACAGUCCCUGCAAGGUCAUCAGACGGUGAUCACUCCUGAACGGUUGCAGGCUCUGGGACAGGAACACAUCAUUGUAGCACAAGAACAAGCACUGUCAGAUCAGGAGGAGGGAACAUACAUCCAGCAGAUAACCACCAUCGAUGGACAGACAGUGCAGCACUUGAUGACCGGCGAUAACCAGGUGACUGAGGUUCAGUACAUCAUCUCACAGGACGGAGUACCACACAUAAUUCCUCAGGAGUAUGUCGUUGUAGCUGAUGGCAACCACAUACAGAUGCCAGAUGGACAAAUCAUCCAGUACGAACACGAUGGGACCUUUUUGCAGGAGCAGCAGAUUGCUGUCAGUCAUGACGGUCAGAUCCAGUACCUUCCUGUCACCUCUGAACAGCAGGUUGUGAAUCCUGAAGAUCUGGAGGCUGCUGCUCACUCAGCUGUUACAGCGGUGGCAGAUGCAGCCAUGGCGCAGUCACAGACAGUCUACACAGAAGCUACACCUGAGCAGCUGGAGCAGUUGCAGCAGCAGGGCAUCCACUACGAUGUGAUCACCUUCACUGAGGAGUAAACAACCUGUCAAACCUGUCAGGGUACAAACCUGCACCUGAUCAGAACAAAAACCACUACAGGCUGGCAAGUAGAGUGACCUUAACUUAUUUAUGCAUUCAACUGGCUGUGAAUGAAAGGAUUGUCUUCUCAACAGAAUCAUCUGCUUGGGGUUAUUGCACUGUUUAAAAAGAACAGCUUUUUUGUACAUUCAGAUUAUUGCACCCAUUUCUUCUAACUUAAUCAUAGGGCUGGUGCAUUUCAGAGGUGAUUUAAGGUAAAGAUGGUCUGUUUUUAAAUUACUGAAACUGAUAAGUGUUUACGUGCCUCAGCUGCUUUGAUUUGCAAGACAAUGUUAUCUAAUACAAUGACAAGGCUUCAUGUUUUAGUAACUGUGUUCAAGUGAGAAUUUUAGUUUUAAGACAGAGUGAAAUGAAAAGUAAAGGGAGUGUUUAUUUUUGAUCUGUAAUAAGAUAUGUGAAUUGUCAGAAUGAAAUGUUUUGUUUACUAAUUAUUAUGUACAUACCUUUUGCAUUAUGUCUUAUGCCCCGUGAGGGAGGAAACUUUUGAUUUAGUGACUAUAAAGUGUUAAAUAAGCUGAAAGCUGGCACCAAAUAAAUGACUUUGUGUAUAUUUUGUAUUUAUUCCCUAUUAAUUGUCCCUGAAUGUCCUGAUUAAUUUGCUUUAAGACCUGCGAUAAAACAUACAUUGCAGUGGACACUUUGAAAAUAAAAGUCAUUAUGGCUGUGUUCACACGGGCA